ACUUUGUGUGAGAGAGAGAGAGGGGGGGGUGUUCUGUUCCAGUGGAGGAGAGAAUGGUUUCUGUUCGAGUGGAGGAGAGUAAGCUUCAUGCGGUUUGCAUACCAGCCCCAGCCCAGGGCCACAUAAACCCCAUGCUUAAGUUGGCAAAGCUUCUCCACCACAGAGGCUUUCACAUCACCUUCGUCAACACGGAAUUCAAUCACAAACGCCUACUCAAGUCAAGAGGCCCUGAUUCACUCAAGGGCUUACCUGACUUCCAUUUCGAGACUAUCCCGGACGGUCUCCCACCUUCUGAUAUAGAUGCCACCCAAGAUGUCCCAGCCCUUUGUCACUCUACAAGUAGAACUUGCUUAGUUCCCUUCCGCAACCUUCUCUCCAAACUCAACACCACACCUGACAUCCCUUCGGUCACUUGCAUAGUCUCUGAUGGUGUCAUGAGCUUUACCCUUCAAGCUGCGGAGGAAAUUGGAGUACCUGAAGUACUGUUCUGGCCGACCAGCGCCUGUGCCUUCUUGGCCUUCAUGCACUAUCCCCAUCUCAUGCAAAGAGGCCUCACACCUCUGAAAGCUUCUGCGGUCAUUUUAAACACCUUCGAUGCCCUGGAAGAGGACGUCUUGAAUGCACUCUCAGCAAUGCUACCUCGCGUUUACAGCAUCGGUCCUCUCCAUCUACUGUUGAACCAGAUUCAAGACGACAGUUUGAAGUCGAUCGGAUCCAAUCUGUGGAGAGAAGAACCGGAGUGUCUCAAUUGGCUCAAUACCAAAGAACCCGGUUCGGUGGUUUACGUGAAUUUUGGGAGCAUCACGGUAAUGACGCCUCAACAAUUGGUGGAGUUCGCAUGGGGGCUCGCUAAUAGCAAGCAGACCUUUUUGUGGAUCAUAAGACCCGAUUUAGUUGUGGGGGACUCGGCCGAGUUGCCUCCGGAGUUUGUGUCUCUUACCAAAGAGAGGGGCAUUCUGGGGAGUUGGUGUCCACAAGAGGAAGUGCUCAACCACCCAGCGGUGGGUUGUUUCUUGACGCACAGUGGUUGGAACUCCACACUGGAGAGUAUAUCCGGUGGAGUGCCCGUUUUGUGUUGGCCAUUCUUUGGCGACCAGCAAACGAACUGCCGGUAUUCCUGUGUUCAUUGGGGGAUCGGCAAAGAGAUUAAUAACGACGUGAAGAGGGAAGAGGUUGAGAGGCUUGUGAGGGAAAUGAUGGUGGGAGAAAGGGGAAAGGAGAUGAAGGCGAAAGCCAUGGAAUGGAAGAAGAAAGCAGAGUCGGCAAUUGUUCCCGGUGGAUCUUCUCACGUCCAUUUUGACAACAUGCUUAACCAAUUGCUUCUCCCCACCAACACAUUAACUUGA